UGUGUUGCAGCGCAGUGGUAUAUAUCAUGUCACCGCCAAGAAGUAUCCUGAGCACACUGGUGACUUCCGGAUAUCAUGUCUUCGGGCGAGAAGAUGCCGACGGUUACCGACCAAGAUGUUAUGUCGGCAAAGAGAAUUGAAGAAGACUCGUCAGUUGUGCUUGAAAAGGAUACAGUCACCAAAAUCGACAGUGACCUCGACGUUGGUGCUCUCUAUGCAAACCAACUAAAUGGCGAUUCGUAUUCGAGAAAGGAGGAGGUUAGCCUUCGGUGGCGACUCGACAGACGGAUUAUGCCAAUUGUCAUGUUGAACGUAAUAUUAGCCAGUUGCGACAAAACCUCUUCUUCAACUGGAGCGCUAUAUGGCCUGAAGACUGACUGUGAUCUUACUGGUAAUCGAUAUUCCUGGGUUGGCAGCGCAUUCUAUUUCGGUUACUUGGUAGCAUCACUCCCAGCUGCCUGGCUGUUGCAACGACUACCAAUUGCGAAAUUCACGGUCGGAUGCCAAUUGGUGUGGGGAAUCAUUCUGAUUGCCACAGGCUUCGUGAGCAAUUUUCCAGGACUCCUGGCGUUGCGAAUUCUUCUAGGUAUCUUCGAAGCUCCGAUCAUUCCUGGAAACCUUAUCAUGAUCGGAAUGUGGUAUCCGAGGAAAGAACAAGCACUUCGCCUCGGAAUAUUCUACACCGGCUUUGCACAGCUGAUCACUGGCCCUGUUGGCUACGGUGUAGGGUACGUCACUGGAACGUGGUUCAAGCCAUGGCGUUUAUUCUUCUGGAUCAUUGGGAGCAUUACGAUCAUUUGGGCUUUCUUCAUAAGCCUUGUACUCCCGGACAGUCCAGUUUCAGCAAAGUUCCUGAGUGAACGUGAGAAGGCUAUUAUUGUCGACAGGAUGAGGGCAGAUCAGAUUGGUAUCGAAAAUAAGACGUGGAAGUGGGCACAGUUUCGAGAAGCGUUGCUCGAUGUGAAGACCUGGCUACUGGUGCUCUUCAAUCUCUGGGUCUCCAUACCCAAUGGAGGUCUCACAAGUUUCACGCCACUUAUUGUAAAUGGACUUGGAUACAGCUCUCAACGCGCUGCCCUACUGACGAUGCCAUCUGGAAUCCUGGAAACAGUGUCCUCAUAUCUUUGCAACGGCUGCGUGUUCCUGCUUGUUACACGUCUGCCAAAAUACCACCCUCGAGGCGUGAUUAUUAUCAUUGGUCUUAUCGUUGGCAUGAUCGCGGCAAUUUUCCUCUAUACUCUCCCUCUGACGGCACUGCAUAACCGUCUCGCUGCACUUUAUGUCUCAUACUUUUACUUGGGCCCAUAUAUCGUUUCUCUUGGAUUCAUCACAGCAAAUACGGCCGGCCACACCAAGAAAGUGACAGUCAAUGCUUUGGUCUUUAUAAGCUAUUGUGUGUCAAACAUCAUCGGACCUCAAUUCUUCAAGUCGAACCAAGCACCUCUCUAUCCACUUGGAACAGGUGCGAUUCUCGGCGCUUACGUCCUUUCGAUAAUCACAAUGUGUACCUAUAUGGCAUUUUGUUGGCAUGAGAAUCAACGCCGCGACAAAUUGGAUACUGCAGGCGGCGAGCUAGCCCAUCAAGAGACAGACUUUAAGGAUUUGACAGACAAGGAAAACAUACACUUCAGAUACGUUUGGUGAACGGGACAUACUGCAUUCUAUGUCCACAUGCAGAUUGAA